GCCGUUCAGUUCAGUACAGAGCGAGUAGCGAUAGUGAUCGGUGCGCGUGUAUUCUUUUCACAUAAAACAACUCCUUAUAGUAACUAUAUUUCAUAUAAAAAAAAAACACAUUAAAGAUGAGGAAAAUCUAAAAUAAAUUUUAAAAAAUACAAUUCUAAAAAAAGUGUAUAAAAAAGAAGAAUUCUAAAUAAAAUCAGAACUUUUCUAAAAAAAAAAGUGAAGGCAGAUUUGGAGGAAGAUGAAAAAAUAUUGAAGCGAUUUUUGCUGAAUUUGCACAUCCAACACAAAUUGUCGCAAAUGCCGGUAGAAGAAUUCGCUGAAAUCAUCAAACAUCUCUUCAUUUAUCUGAAUUCUCUGUGUGUAGAGACACGAAAAUUGAGUGUUUUGAGUUUAUAAAAUAUAAAAUGAACUAAUGAGACAAUUUUCUAAUGAAUUUUCAUAAAAAAAUAGUGAAUUUGUUGAGAAGGCGAGAUAAUUAAUAUUUCAUUUUUAUAUUAUAUAUUAUAUAAAAUUAUAAUAUAUAGCGAAGAAAAAUCAAGCAAAUGAGAGUAGAAAUACAAAAAAAACAACAAAACUAAAUAAUGACUGUGACAUUCAGAAUAUAGGAAGCAAAUUCUACCAAUUUAUUGAAAUGUUCUCAGGAAGUGUUUUUGAGUGAUUUUUGAACAGUAAAAUAGUAGAAAAGGAAAAAAAGUUUUCGUAUUCAUUGAGAAGUGAAGGAGUAGAUGGUAUAUAAACUCAUAUGUAUAUUCUCAAUUUCUUGGACGUUUUCAUAUAAGACAUUGCUCUUAUAUAUCAUAAGAUUUGUAACUAAUAAAAAUCAACCACAAUUAAUAUUGUGUAAUUUGUAAUUAUAGAAUUUUGUACUUUUAUACGGUUUUGUACUUUUAUAUGUAAUGCUAAAAGCUCUAUCAAUUAGAUAUCGUAAGACAUUUUGUGAGUAAGAACUUUUGUGCACUUUUGAACAUUAUAAUUCUCCUGAUUUGGUGAAGAAGAUUCAAGUCUUUUCACCUGGAGAAAAAAAGUGAGAAAUCAGGGUUUCAAGGCGAACGUGCGUGAGGAAUUACACGAUUUUUUGGUGAGAGUGUGUUGAGGAACCGCUACGAAAAUAGCUACCUUAGCUACUGCGUUCCACCCGCUCCAGCAUCAGCACUACCCGCUGCUUGCAAUGGCUCCGCGGAGGAACAACGGCGCCCACCACUCAUCAGUGGUUGAGAUGCACAAUCUUCUCGGCAUGGAUCCAGAUAGUCUCGAUGCAGCACCUACUGGAAGCCCAGGGGCAACUGCAGACCCCACGUCUGCCUUACGCUGUUGCGUGCCCACUGGGGAAUGCCUGAAGGCGGGUGCCCUGGAUCUGGGACUCAUUGGUCUGGAUGAUGUUCGCGAGUGUGUUCGUGUUGUAUGCAACAAUGAGCAAUGCACAGCCGGGCAGUUUAUGCACCGCGAAUGCUUUGAAUCUUGGGAGCAGGGUGUGCUAUCAUACCUAAAGUCAAUUGGACGUGCUCGUUCAUGGUCUGACCGCCAGCGUCAGCAGAAUCUGUGGACAAAGAAGGGGUAUGAUUUAGUAUUUAAGGCAUGCUCCUGCAAAUGCGGCAGGGGGCAUCUGAAGAAGGAUCUCGAUUGGGUACCACCAGCAGCAUCCGGUACCUACGGGCGCACCGACGACGAAGCAAAUAAGAAGAAAAAGAAACGCAAUCGGAACAAUCAGAAACCGAUUUUGCUCAUUUCAACUGGCACCUCAAAUGCCUACCAUCCCAACAGUCAAAUCAAUGGGACUGCAAAUAACGCUAUUAUGGCACCUCAGGAGAUACGUACUCGUACCGGCUCUCUAUCAUCCAGCAAUGGAUCAACAUCGCCUCCGGCGUCAGCAUCUAGUGAGCUGAGUAUCUCACCCAUACACAAUGGCACUGCUGGUGGGAAGAAGCAUAAAUCCAAGAUUGAGCUCCACUCUGAACGGGUUCGUGCUGGAUCCGGAUGCAAUGGGAUCUUCUCGCGUCGCUUGGAUUUCUCCAGCUUCAACUUGUUGCCGAAAACACGUCUCAACUCCUAUCAAAUUAAGAUGGAGGAUGAGGGCAAUCAUGGCAAUGAUGAGACGAGAUUAUUUAUUUUGUCAUCACUGGCUUCCCAGCAGAAGAGUCGUGUAGCAUGCAUCCUGUGCGAAGAGCCAAUGUAUGUUUUCGACAGGUAUCCUCUUGUGGAUGGAACAUUCUUCCUAAGUCCAAAACAGCACGCAAAGGGAUGCAUUGAGGUAAAAUAUGAAGGACGCACACAAUAUUUGACGUCAGUAUGCAUGGGAUGUCUCGAGGGUGUUUCAUCCGAUCGAAUUAUACGUUGCAGAUUUUGCGGCCAAAAAUGGGAUGGAUCAUCCCUUGUAUUGGGUACUAUGUAUUCCUAUGAUAUUUUUGCUGCAAUGCCAUGCUGCACCGAACGAUUAAAGUGUAACAAUUGCUUCAAGUUGCUUCUACAUCCCAAUCAACGAUUGAACUUCUUCAGCGACUACAGCCACUUGGUAUCAUGCCCAUAUUGCACAAGUCACGAUACGCACUUCGUGAAACCACUAGCCUACUGCUACACCAAGCAGCCCCUACAGGUCUUCCAGCAGUGGCCAUAACAUGAAGCCCCGCUGGAGUCUCCUACGCCACCACCACCGCUACUGCCCCACAAGUCAGUGGCGUUGCAGCAAGUUAGAGGUACGACAAGCCAAGCAUUUAACUCAAGCAAUGAUUCAAUUGUGAGCUCCAUAAUGCAAGAGCUCAAAACCAUGAAGCUCGGCCAUGGGUACAUGGAGCCAGGUAUUAUGCCUCUCUCCAUGGUCAGUACCGGAGAUUCCAGCAGUAUUCCCAAGCAGCAGUUAGGUGCCUGGGGUAAGAAUUUAUCAUUGUGGGGCAUUCCGCCAACUAGUCCCUGCUCUACUACCUCAAUGAGGAAUGCGUUUCAACAGAGCAGCAGCCAUAGUACCAGCAGUAAGGAGUCCCUGUGGACUUCCACCCAGUCUUCACCAAUUAGUCACCCGUUGGGCACAAAUUUGUGGGAGAGUCCCGUGUCUAAGCUCUCUCAAGCUACCCUUAUGUCCUCGGGCUCGUCCUCCAGUAAAGAUUCCGUGAAUUCAAUUUGGUUCACACCACCCCAAAUACACAGCCCAAAUGCUAUGGUGACAUCAACGCCAAAUGGUAAGGCGACCUGUGAUGUGUGGGAUGUCCUGAGGACGCCACCAGUGCAAAAGAACGGAGACACCAUUCCAAGGCUCGUGAGGCCCCAAGAAAUUUCCAAUACAAAUGGUUGGAUUAGUGAUUUGUCGAAGUCUUCGAAAGAUUCCGUUAGCUCUCUGUGGGCCACACCAACUACACCACCGGCCAACACCUACACUGGCGCUACAUAUGCACCCAAUUCUGCCGGAAAGAUGCUCCUCCAGACCGAUACUUAUGCGGCAAAGCGUCUAACACCACCAACAAUGCAACCCUUAAUGAAUGAUAGUCAGAAUGCAGCAAAUUCGUGUCUGCAGCUCUUUUCCGAUGAAUUCCUAAACUAUCUCAAUAUGAUCAAUUAAUUUAUAUUUCUUAGGACAAUUUAAUCAUUCACCAUCCCAUGUCCAUCAUCCUUAUUAUUUUUUCUUCCAACCAUCACAUAAUUGUUGAUUUUUUCCCCAUUAAACAAUUUUUUAGUUAGGAAUGCAAGAGAUAUAAGAAAUAAUUUGAGAUAUAUGCUUGUUUACUUUAGAAUUGAUUUUGAUUUCUUUAUUGUUUUUUUUUAAUUAGUUUUUUUUUCUUUAAUAUAAUAAAUUCAUCAAAGAAAA